AUGACAGGUAAAAAGAACAAGCUGCGUGUUUACUACCUGUCCUGGCUGAGGAACAAGAUCCUGCACAACGACCCGGAGGUGGAGAAGAAGCAGGGCUGGACCACCGUCGGGGACCUGGAGGGCUGCGUCCACUACAAAGUCGUGAAAUACGAGAGGAUCAAGUUUCUGGUUCUGGCUCUGAAGAACUCGGUGGAGGUCUACGCCUGGGCCCCCAAACCCUACCACAAGUUCAUGGCCUUCAAGUCUUUCGGGGACCUGGUGCAUAAACCCCUGCUGGUGGACCUGACCGUGGAGGAGGGCCAGAGGUUAAAGGUCAUCUACGGCUCCUUCUCAGGGUUUCACGCGGUGGACGUGGACUCGGGGGCCGUCUACGACAUCUACCUGCCCACACACAUCCAAACCAGCAUCCAGUCGCACGCCAUCAUCAUCCUGCCCAACACGGACGGCAUCGAGCUGCUGGUGUGCUACGAGGACGAGGGCGUCUACGUCAACACCUACGGACGCAUCACCAAAGACGUGGUGCUGCAGUGGGGGGAGAUGCCCACCUCCGUGGCCUACAUCCGCUCCAACCAGAUCAUGGGCUGGGGGGAGAAGGCCAUAGAGAUCCGCUCGGUGGAGACCGGCCACCUGGACGGAGUCUUCAUGCACAAGAGGGCCCAGAGACUCAAGUUUCUCUGUGAGAGAAACGACAAGGUGUUCUUCGCCUCCGUUCGCUCUGGGGGAUCCAGCCAGGUCUACUUCAUGACUCUGGGCCGAAGCAACCUGCUCAGCUGGUAG